AGAGCGGAGAUGGCCUCAGUGGACUUCAAGACUUACGUGGAUCAGGCCUGCAGAGCCGCUGAGGAGUUCGUCAACGUCUACUACACCACCAUGGAUAAGCGCCGCCGUCUGCUGUCCCGCCUCUACAUGGGCACGGCUACCCUGGUGUGGAAUGGAAAUGCCGUGUCAGGACAAGAGUCCUUGAGUGAGUUUUUUGAAAUGUUGCCCUCCAGUGAGUUCCAAAUCAACGUGGUAGACUGCCAGCCUGUCCAUGAUGAAGCCACCCCCAGCCAGACUACAGUCCUCGUCGUGAUCUGUGGAACAGUGAAGUUUGAGGGCAACAAACAACGGGACUUCAACCAGAACUUCAUCCUGACGGCCCAGGCCUCGCCCAGUAAUGCGGUGUGGAAGAUAGCUAGUGACUGCUUCCGGUUCCAGGACUGGGCCAGCUAGCGCCGCGGGGACAGGGGGCG